UAAAUCAGUAAACUUGGUGGCGUCGAUUUAGUUUUGUAAUUGACCAAGAAAGUCUUUUUUCUUGUCAACAAAAAGUCAAAAUUCACAGAAAUACCGUGAUAGAAGAGACCUUCCUGCUGUAAUAAGGUUUAUUCGGCAGGCGAAGGAAGAAUUCGUCAAAGAAAUCGUCACUGAGCUUUUUUGGAAUCUGAAUUUAGGACAGAAGAGAAGUUCAUCAUGAUCAGCACAAUUUUACCUGGACAAAAGGUACUUGUCCUUUGGUCAUCAGCCAACCCUCCAACAAACAUUGAAAGUAUAGUAGGAUCAUUGAAAAAUCAAACUGGAGCUGAUGGAAGGGUUCAAGUUGAGCAUGUGGAUAUCAUUCAAACCUCUGGACACCAAAAUUCAACAUUUGAUGUAGCAAUAUCUGGAAUUCUCUCACCCUCAACUUACAUUCACAACACAGACAUAUUAGCAGAAAUAGCAAGAGUUUUAAAACCAAAUGGCAAACUUUUAGUUAGAGAGCCAGCAGGAGGCAGAUCAGCUGAAAAACUUAUUUCUACAUUAAGAUUAUCUGGAUUUAUAAAACCAUCUGAGCCAAAUGUGUCUCAACUUGAUGGUGAAUCAAUUCAAAUGGUUGAGGUCUCUUGUCAAAAGCCAGCUUUUGAAGUUGGAGCUGGUGCAAAAAUAGCAUUGAAAACAAGUACCAAAAAAGCUGUAAGCCAAGAUGUAGCAAAAGUUUGGACACUGUCCGCACAAGAUGCAAACGAUGAUGACAUUGAUAUAAUUGACUCUGAUGCCUUGCUUGAAGAGGAAGAUCUUCUGAGACCAGAUACAGGAAACCUGAAAAAUGAAUGUGGUCCAAAUUCAGGAAAAAAGAAAGCGUGUAAAAAUUGUACAUGUGGUCUGGCUGAUGAAUUAGACGGUACACAACCCACCAAGCCCAAGGCAUACAAAUCUGCGUGUGGCAACUGCAGCCUUGGAGAUGCUUUCAGAUGCGGAGGCUGCCCAUAUUUAGGUAUGCCCCCAUUCAAGCCAGGGGAACAAGUGCUUCUCUCAAAAAAUAUGCUAAAAGCUGACAUGUGACACUGAUUCUAAGCAAUACUGUGUUUUUGUCCGAGAUGAAUUCGUAACUGAGCAUUCAGGUAUUGUUGUGAUGUAACUUUUCUGGUUUGGGCAAGGCAUUAAGAUAAUUUGUCACCCAUGUAUAUGGAUCAAUAUUGUAAUAUCGUAUACCUAAAGCAGUGACCCUCUACGUGUAAUUUAUCUGUAGCUUUCAGCAAAUUUCUGAGCAA